AUGAUCAAGCUUAAUUCGGAUGGUGCUUGCAAAGCUAAUAAUGCAGCCGGUUGUGGAGGCCUUUUACGAGAUCACAAGGGUCAAUGGAGAGGAGAGGGUUUGAAGCUAGCAAGAAAGCUAGGGGUUAGGCACUUGGAAAUUAAUACUGAUAGUUUGCUUGUCGUCAAAGCGAUUGAGGAUGGCAAAGUUGGGAUGGUUGACUGUGUCGCUAUGCCGCGUCGGAUUAUGGAACUCAUGGGCGAAUUUGAGGUGGUAAUCAUUUCUCAUGUGUCUCGAAACGCAAAUGCUUGCGCUGAUUGUCUGGCUAAGCAUGGUUGUAGGGGUGAAGUCCUUCAUCACUAUACUGAUCCUCCUCCGUUUCUAGCUGAUCUUCUUGAAGCUGAUUCGUGUGGAAUUAUUUUUUCGUCUGUUGUUAUUGAGUAG